CUAUUUACAUGACACAUCAAAAGGUUUAAGUUGGUAUUACGAGAGAAUAAUUAAGUUUAAUUAUCCAAACAAUAACCCCCAGUAUAAUGACAGGCAUUGACGUAAGCUAAGUAAUGAAUAUUAGAUGCCUAGCAUUGUUUAUUCUUUUUUUUUAGUUUCUUUUUUUACGUCACUUUUGAGUCAAACGGAACAUACGCGGAAUAAUGAAAUACAUAACCUACAAGGUGGCAGGAAGGGUUAAAUGACAAUUUAACCAACUAGAGGAGGGCAGACGAACUUUUCGGCUAAACAGGCGAUAUUUCACAAUAAUCAUGCUACUUUAGUGGUUUUUAAGCUUUUUAUGCAUCAAUAAAGUUUAAAAAUAUUGCUCAUAGUACAUUAUCUGAUACAUCUCAAUCACAUUGCCGUACCAAUAAUUAAACUAGGCUCUGGUUAUUUCUUUAAUUGAAGAUGGGAGAGUCUAACAGUGUUUUCAAAAAGGUUUGUCUUCGCUUUAGGUAAAUUUCUAGAGUAGUUACUGCGAGGAUAACCUAAAAGAGUUUGACCUAGCUUUACCUUAGCUUCCAUCGCUUUUAAUGGUUGAAUCUCCCGAUUGAUGACUGUGAGAAUUACCGAAGUCUCCGUAAAAAGGAGUCCAGAUCUGUUUCACCCAUUGUGUGUACUCGAUGUCUUGGGUAAAAAUAGAUAUUCAAUAUCUUGAAUCUAUAAAUAAUUUGAUAUUUUCUUCGGUCAUUAUCUUUUUGAUCUAUCGUAUAGACAUCUACAAUGAGUGACACUAAUAAUUCGAGCGACAACAGCAAGAAUGUUGAAAUUACACAGACUCAAGAAGUCACCAAAAGUGACCCAAUUCGAAAUUCCACGUCAAAAUCAAUUGGAGUCCGAAAGGCCGAAUUGAUGUGGGAGCAGUAUCAACAUCCAGGUCUUAUGGUUCUUGUGUACUUCUGUAUUUUUAUAAUUGGAUAUGCAUACGGUAUCGAUGGGUCGCUCAGAAUUACUUUUCAAGCCUAUGCUACUGCUUCUUAUGGUCAACAUUCACUUAUUUCCACCGUGGGUGUGAUUAGAGCAGUUGCAGCUGCCGCUUCUCAGCCUACCUAUGCCCGAUUAUGUGACAGAUUUGGAAGAAUUGAACUCUUUGUAGUAUCUAUUUUAUUUUAUGUAUUGGGUACUGUAAUCGAGUCGCAAGCUUAUGAUGUUCAAAGAUUUGCUGGUGGUGCUGUCUUGUAUCAACUUGGGUAUUCUGGUAUAAUUUUUAUCCUUCACGUUAUGUUGGCAGAUUUUUCAACAUUGAAUUGGAGAUUCUUUUGUUCUAUCUUGACAAUCACUCCUUUCAUUAUCAACUCGUGGGUGAGUGGUAAUAUCUUAGACUCAUUAUAUCCCAAAUACUCCUGGAACUUCUGUAUUGGUAUGUGGGCAUUCAUUUUCCCAUUGUCUUGUAUCCCAUUGCUUUGUUGUUUGUUCCAUAUGCAAUCUCUUGCCAAAAAGAAGGGCGAAUGGAAACAAAUACUUGCUGAUGAGAAAGAAAACCACUCGGAAUGGACUUGGGAGAAGUCUGGAACCUUUAUUGAAAGUACUAAAGCGUUUAUUUUUUGUCAAGGAAGAAUUCUAAAGACUUUUUUCUGGGAAAUCGAUGCAAUCGGUAUCAUGUUCAUUAUUUGUAUAUUUGGUUUCAUUUUAGUUCCGUUCACUCUUGCCUCUGGUGUUACCGAUAAAUGGAGACGAGCCUCGACAAUUGCUCCUCUUGUUGUUGGUUUUGUUCUUAUCCCGUUCUUCAUAAUAUGGGAAAAGAAGUAUGCUCGCUUCCCCGCGGUGCCAUUUGAGCUACUCAAAGACCGGGGUGUCUGGGCUUCACUCAUCGUGGGUGUUAUGAUUAACUGGGUUUGGUAUAUGCCAAAUGAUUUCAUGUACACUGUUUUGAUGGUGGCCAUGAACCAAUCGCAAAAGGCAGCCAUCAGAAUCACAAUGCUCUACUCAUUUGUUUCUGUUGUCGUUGGGUCCAUAGCUGGUCUUUUGAUUGCCAAAGUCCGAAGAACGAAGGGGUUCAUCAUAUUUGGGGUUUCGAUGUGGUGCCUUGCUCUUGGUUUACUUAUUCAUUUCAGAGGUGAUAACAAUGGAAUUAAUUCGCAAACCUCAGUUAAUGGAGUUAUUGGUGCUCUCUGUGUUAUGGGCUUUGGGUCUGGGUUUUUCACUUAUGUUACCCAGACUUCAAUUACCACUUGUACUAAUCAUGAGCAUAUGGCUGUUGUCAUAGCUCUUUAUACGUCAUCAUACAACUUAGGAUUGGCAUUUGGUGCAUCGGUAUCGGGUGCCGUGUGGACCAACCUCAUGUACAAGCAAAUUGUCAAAGAAAUGGAAAAGGCUGGUAUUGAUACGGCGCUUGCAACAUUUGCCUAUAGGUCUCCAAUUGGAGCUGGGGGAUUCAUCCAAGAAUAUGUUUGGGGAACUGCUGAACGAAUUCCAGUAGUCUUGGCCUAUGCUCAUGUUCAAAAGAUUCUUUGUAUCGUUGGUCUUAUAUUAGUUUUCCCAAUGCUUAUUGCCACACUCUUUCUUAGAGACCAUAAACUUGUGUCGGUUCAAAGUCUUGAGAAGGGCUCACUGGGUGAAGGAGCUGUGGUUAAUAAAGACGAUGAUGAUUAUAUUAAAAGAAAGUUUAUGACGAUUGUGGGAAAAAAUGAUUAAGGGAGCUGCUAUAAAUCAUCUUGAAGUAGGUCGAUAUGGUGGUGAUCGAAAUUAGAACAGAGGUAAGUGAUAAUUUUUAGGGUUAAAUUAACUUAUAUAAAUAGAGUAAUGCCUCUAUGUAUUAUUAUUUCUCAUAGAGAAGUUCCUCGAUCUUUAAAAUUGUUAGAGACAAGAUAAAAUUAAUCGAGAUAUUUGGUAGAUAUAUAAAAGUUGAGGGGUUGCAUGAAGGGCCCCGAUACUGCUUAUAUACGAUGGGAAGUAAAAUUUCAAACACAAAACUUGCUAUGGCAUGUAAUUACCACUUGAAUCGUAUGUAUUUGCUACUUAGAUUAAUUAUAUGACAAAAAGAUUGAAACUAUAUACAUCUGCCUACGAUAUUAACUACACUACUGGUCAAAGUGUAAAUUCUAGCCGUAGGAUCGCGUGGAAGAACAAUUAAGCUUAUGAAUGGAUCUCAGUACAUAGACACACAUAGUUUGCAGCUUAUUAAUCCACACGGGUGAAUUUUACAGCAAUCAGGUGGUAUGGAAAUAACCAUUAGUUUACUCUUUUGAGAUUCCCAGGUAUUUUCUCCUGGGGCUUUUCUUUUUCUCUAAAGAUGAAGAGAAAAUGAUCUACCAAGUUCCGACUCGUACGAGGGUAUAUCUGGUUGUAAUUACUUUAAUUACUUUAAUUAGUAAC